AUGUCUGCAGCGACGUUCCAUCAUGGGCAGACAAAGAGUCCAGCCCAAGCGUCACUUUUCAAACGACUAGGACGCCUAUUUCAUCUCCCGGUCAUACCUUUAUUUGUGUUCGAUGGCCCACACCGCCCUACUUAUAAGCGUAAAAAGAUUGUGAAGAAGAUGCCAAUCUGGUUAACCAAUGAUUUCAAGCGACUGCUGGAAGGAUUUGGGUUCUCCUAUUGGGACGCUCCAGGCGAAGCAGAGGCCGAGCUUGCAAUGCUCUCGUGCCUUGGCCGGAUUGAUGCUGUGAUGUCAGAGGACUUUGAUACCAUGCUAUUUGGUGCUCAGCAAGUGAUUCGGAUCAAAGAGGAAAGCGACUCCAAAUAUCUGAUCGAGGUUCAUGAGGCCGGAUCCCAGUUCUCCUGCAACAAUCUUGUAAUGAUCGCGUUACUCACAGGGGGUGAUUAUGAUGAUGGAAUUCAAGGAUGUGGUGUCCAAACUGCAGCUAAUAUCGCAAAGUCAAGUGUUGGAGAACGGCUGUUUGAUGCCCUUGAAGCAUCCGAAGUUGAUGAUUAUGCCGCUGUUGCCUCCGCAUGGCAUCGGGACCUUUGCACGGCAUUGGAAAAGCAGGGGGCUGGCCGUCUUCAUUCUCGGCAGUGUUCGCUAGCUUCACGUAUCCCACUUGACUUCCCGAAGGUGUCGGUUCUCAUCCAAUAUAUUCACCCAGUGACAUCCCAAUCCAAUGGGGUGGGUAAUCUACCUGCCGCUCCAUCGCUGCGUCAACCAGACAUAUCCCAACUCGCAAAGCUAUGUGAGGAGCUCUUUGUUUGGGGACAUUCAAUGGGCAUCAUCCGCAAUUUCCGUGAUCAUGUCUUCCCAGGAUUAGCCACCCAUGACCUGCUUCAAGAUCUAUGUAAACAACAGGGACUAUUGAAAGACGACGACACUCAUAUCUCCCAGCAUGCUAUAGUUUCCAAAGUACGUGCUGUACGUGCGAAUCAAUGUGAAUGA